AUGAAUACGCUGAUAAUACUUCAAGUUCCCGUCAACUUCCCUCCCUACCCCAAUAUCAACCACCAAGACCACCAGACGUGUUCAGGAACAGUCUCGGAGAACAUUCACACGGUAUCCUCAAUAAUCCUUACAGCCACCAAACUAGCUUACCAGCACAGUCUACGACAACCGGCGCCCCCCCCCUGGAUCCCAGUCGGCACCCCCGUUCUCCCAGACGCACCUUCCCAUUCACAAAGCCCGGCCCAUGGCGCACGUCGUAAGGCUGCCCGCGCGCGGCAAGCAUGCGACCAGUGUCGAGCCAAGAAGAUGAAGUGUGAUGAAAGCCAUCCAGCUUGCAGGCAUUGCACCGAUAAUAACCUAAAUUGCACGUACAUGCCGCCGCGCAAAGUGGACGAGACGCCCCAGAACAUUCUCGACAGGUUGGAGCAAUUUGGGGGCAAGUGCAUGGAACGAUUUAGCCACCUUGACCGCCAAUUGGCAGUCUAUGAAAGAAUGCUAAGCAAGGGAAUACGUUCGUCGAGGCCUCCGCGUGACACACCCCUAAAGAUGGAGCUAACGACUUUGCCAGAAGAGAGCCUGGAUGAAAAGCCAGGCUCUUUCACGUCACAGGCUCUAGCCAAAGCUGAUCCGACAGCAACAAGAUUUGAUGAGCAAGCAAAUAGCCAGAACAACGAAGGCGAACUGUCAAUCCCGGUGGAACAUACAACAGCGGCUCAUAAGCUUCUCAUGUGGCCAUCGAUUAAAAGUCUCAUCCGCCACCCUGGAUACGACGAAGACUAUGUUAUGCAAUUGGAGAAGGAUCGGCCGAUCAUUAGUGCCUUUGGUGAAGGAGAAAGCAGUUUCUCAUCUGGUUUCCUCUUGUGGGCGAUGGCUCGAAACCGCAUGGCUGAAAAUAAAACGCUUGAGACCCCUGGGACAGUGCUCCCUGAUGGCUUGCUCCCAGAGCCUGAGGUCGACGAUGAUAAUUGGCCGUCGUUACCAUACAACACUGCUAAGCGAUAUUAUGACUGUUACAUGAGCAAGAUGCACACGCUCCAUCCCUUUCUGGACCAGCCAAGUUUAUGGCAGACCUUUAUUGACUAUACCCGGCGGCAUUGCACUGGCUAUCCACUGCCCCCGAAUGGCUACGGGAGCCCUAAAGACGAGAUGAGUAUUGAUAACGCAAUAAUUCUCUUGGUCUUUGCCUUGGGUGCCAUUUGUGAAACCCCUGAUCCUUUACCGGGACUGAUGGGGCCACUUGAUUAUCGCAAACAAUAUAUUCCUGGACCUCCUCAGCCCAGGAAGCCCGAACCGAACGGUAUUCAAGCGGCGAACAGGGUUCCCUCUCCCACUAAUUCCGACUCGGCUCUGCCUACUGGUACCUCAUUCUAUACCCGAAUUCCGAGCACGAACCAUUCUUUCCCCGUAAGAAUCGAGCCAACACCUCCUCGAAAGUCAAUGUCCAAUGGUGCGGCAUGCACGGAAGGAUCUGGACGGCCAAAGAAUUACCGCGUGAUUCCAGGCUUAUUCCUUUUCGGAUAUGCCACCAUGAUUCUCGGUACUCUUCAAGGCGUGGGCACGUUAAAGAGCGUGCAAGCGCGUUUGUUGGCAGGGCUAUAUGCCGGUCAGCUGGCUCACCCAUUUCAAAGCCAUGCUUGGAUUUCGGAUGCCUCAAGAUCUUGUCAAGUUCUGAUUGCACCGAAGAGUCUCGAUGCCGCUUCAAAGAAAAUGCAAGAUCUUAUCUGCUUCACUUUUUGGACCUGUCUGCAGCUAGAAAGUGACCUUCUUGCCGAGCUUGAUAUCCCAGCGAGUGGUAUUUCUCGCUCAGAAAGUCAGAUAGGCCUCCCGAGUCGACAGUACAGUCUCGGCUUCCCAGAUGAUACUGAUAUGCUGUACUACUCUGCACAAAUCCACCUUCGGAAGCUCUUGAAUCGUGUGCACACUGAUCUAUAUAAAGUAGCGACAGAAAAGGGCGCAGAGCCACGUUGGACUACCCAUGUUCAGGAAGCAUUGAGUAUAAACCUAGACCUCUUCCAUAGCAGCCUUCCAGACAUCAUGAAGUGGAAGGAUGGGGAAGAAAUUUCUGACGAUAUCAAUGUCGCUCGCAUGCGAGCAAAAUACUUCGGUGCUCGCACUGAGGCCUUCGACGGCAUCAAGGAUCGACUUGUAGUCACCAAUAUCUUCGGCACUGCUCAUGCCCAAUUCGGAAACAUGCUCGUCCUCGCUGCAACAUACCGCUCCGGGCUCCAAGAACUCAUCGAAGGCUCCAAACUCAAGUAUCUCCUUCGCCGAACAAUCAAAUUCUUGCUCCGCAACGAAAAUAUUUCCCCAACCCUCCGGGCUGACGCGAAGAUUCUCACCGAAAUCUUCGAAGACAUCUUUCCCGGCGAGCCGUGGGACCUUGUAUAA